UCUCUUUUCUAUACAGAUUGCUACAGUGCUUUUCCUGCAUUUUUGGACAGCGACUUCUGUGUUUCACACCUGCCUAAUAACAUCUGAGUUUUUUUGGCUUCUCCAUUGUUCAGUUAAUAACAUCUUCAUCUGAACAGUGUAAGAGAGAGCCAGGGGUUCCUUAGGGAAGGCCUCCCUCGGGGUGGCCGGCCUUGUGCCGCCCCCUUUUUUUCCCCUUAGGAGAAUCUUCUUUAAGAGAUUUCGACGAUGGAGAAAUCAUUGAGAAAUCCAUCUCUCAAGACGCUGUACUCCGUCCUGAAGAACUUCAGGGAGGAAUAUACAGACUUUGAGGCCCUUGCCUCUUAUUACGAAGAUCACUACUGGGUCCAAUACAGCAAGAACUUCAACAUAAAACACUUCCUUCUUACGUGUAUUGAGGACCCGAGGAUGAGGGCUAAGGAGAACAUUGCCCAAUACAGUUUAAUGCUCGACUCACUGGAAGUGCUCAAGAGGGAACGUGCCUCCCUCAAGAAUGCCAAGCUGCCUCCUGGUCAUCCAACACGACUGCAAAACCGGAGGCAGAAAUAUGAGUAUCUGCGGCUGGAGAAUACCAUCAAAGAUCAUUUUUGCCAGUUUCAAAUCGAGCUCUUGAGGGAGCAGAAGCUGCGGGAAGCUGCUCGUAAGAAACACACGCACAAACAAACUCCUGCAGCUAAAGAAAAGGAGGAUGGAGCCACUGCAGCAGCAGAAGAGGGAGCUCUUGCCUCACAGGGGAAAGAAGGAGCAAAAGAAAAAGAAGAGGAGGAAGAAGCAGCUCCCGGAAAAGAACAGCAAGAGGAGCAACAGGAGAAGAUGGAGGAGCAAUCUCCUGCAGUGAAAGAACAGGUAGGAAUGAAGAGGAAAAGGAAUGAAGAGGAAGGAGCAGAUGGAGAAGAAGAAGCUCCUCCAAGGAAGCGGCCAAGGAAGGACUAGAGGAUUUAGUGUUCCACCAGAAGACUCUUCAGACAGUUCUGCUGCCACCAACGCAACCCUGCUAUUUGCAUGCCUUCUGUGGCUGUUUGUGCGUGUCUAUGUGUGUCUGUGAGUGUUUGUCUAUGUUUGUGUGUGUCUGUGUCUAGCCAUGAUCCAGGGUAUAAACCGACUGCCGUUUGAAGGAGUCAGGAAGGAAUUUUUACCCUCAGUUCAAAUUGGCCAAGUGCUGGGGUUUUUUGCCUUCCUCUGGAUCAUCAGCUGUUGAUUAUUGUUGAUGCCCAACAAUAAUUGCAUAUUUAAAUCAAUAAAUCUCCUGUUCCCACCAACAGGUUUCCCAUAAA